AUGGUCAGUCGCGAAGCAGAUAUAUUGAAGAGCUCUGAGAACCUCCAUUUGGCACAGCUCUCGCAUUUGCAACGGCUACUGGAAAAUCGUAAAGUAAAUACCCACUCGAGUUACGACCCUUGGAACAAGCUCGUGGGGCAGACACAAGCUUUAUCAUCUCUGACCGGUAAGCUGGCCCAAAAACAUCGAAUACUGGUUCAGAAAUGGCAGGAAGCUGGUGGUGAUGCUUGUAAGGUUUUAGCCAGUUGGCUUGAUGACCUGGAACUACAUGAGCUGUACAGAGAUUGGCUACAGCGGGUUUUGGCCCUGAUUUUCGGUCGUGACACACUUCUGCAGCAUUUUUCGCCAGCAUCACAGUUCGCACAAGCAGCAAUCCAUGUGCUACAAAGACUAAAGCAGAUGGGUUGCUCAACUAAUCCUCCUAAUAGAACUGUGGCUGACUUGGCGAAUCUGUACACAGACAAGUGGUUGGCUCUGUGGAAUCAAACUGACAGCGAAAGCCUGAGUUUCGACAAUGUUAGAGAUCUACUCUCACAUUCACAUGAGCAGGUCAGCCCUCCGUUAUUGGAUGCGUCAAAAAUUGUGAACAGGGGUUAUUUCAGGCUAACGCUUCUGAAGUUCGGUUACGAAGACAUAUUGGUUGAGUUGUUUCAACUCGCCAGCGGAGAGCUGGCGAUCUUCAAAGUCAACAGCGGGAGGCUGCCGUUUAGUUCACUAGAGCAAAUCUCAGAAUUCUUUCGCACUAGUAAAAGCCCUCCUCUGAGAGUAUUGGGCAGAUCGCUACUUUUCCCAACGCUGCGGAAAGACGAUCUUCGAGCGUUAACAAGCAACCCGUACAGCGUUGAGCUGAGCUCUAAGACUGGCAACAAUAUAGUUCUUUCUUUAACGUCAAUCGAUCGUUUAGGGUGGGAAAACUAUUGGAAACACUAUUGCGACGGGCUAUUCUCGGGAUCUUCGCUAGCUUCUCAUAAGGCCUCCCUCGGAAUCACAAAAUCUGUACACCAGUCACAAAACUUCAAGUUCAAACACGAUAAAUUAGCUGGAUUACGCCCUGAAUGCAAUUCGGGUCUCGGAGUAAGUUUAUUUCCCGGGGCCGCCCAAUCGGAACCUGGCACGGAACGUCGUGUCAGCACUUUACUGCACAAAUCGAAACCAUUGAAGGAAUCCCUUUCCUCCCAUGUGUUGUCCAAAGAGAGCUUAAAGUCCAUAGAAGACCUUGAUUGUGAAUCUUUAAUACGACUAGAUCAAGACAUUAGCAUCAAUGAUGUGAGUCCGGUCUCGAAGCCUGAGUCAUAUUUCCACGAAGGUGAAUAUAAGCGGGUUGACUCUGCAUCUUCGAUAACUCGUAACGAACUGUCUUCUGGUGAAUAUACAGAGGACUGUGAAAGCAUUAUUUCAUCUCAGGACAACGAGGAUUGUGGCGAGAAAACUUUUGAUUUAAGCUCAGAGUUCCACAGGCCACAGUUGACGAAGAAAAAGUCGUCUUCUCUAUUGAGCCUAUUUAGCUCCAAUAGAUCCAAAACAUCAUUGAGAAAUACUAAAAACCUUUCGCUUGAUUUGACUGCAGGCAAUUCUACGUCAAGUUUACUAGCUCUGCCUACCCCUACUUCUCCUACUAUAUUGCCCUUACCGUCUCCUCAUCAAAAUGAAUUUUGUUCCUUACCGGAACACCUCGACACUCAAGAUAGGUUUCAGAUCUGUGACCAUUCGGUGAAAGCAUCAUUCUGGCAUGGUAAUAGCUGGAAAGCGAUGUCGAGCCAAUUUCUAUCAUUCAAGCUUCAUGAAACAGUUGAUGGUAAAGUACUGUGUAUGUUAACGGAUGCUUCAGACCGUCAUUGCCUCAAACUGUGCGCUUUCGUUAGUACGGAUUGGAAAGUUUCAAGGUCUGCGGCUCAAGAUGUUCAGUUGCGUAUUUCAAAUGACAAUAUCAUCGUAACAUCUUUACCAGUCACGUCGUUCGUUGUAAGCUUGAGGUGUCUGCAGAUAGAAAAGCUCAUCAACACGCUCCACCAUUGCAUACGACAGAACUUACCUUCCAAGAUCAAGGCAUCGAGUACAUGUGGUACUUUAUCAACUACCUCAUCCGCUUUCAGCGCCUUCGAUAAGUCGGUUCCUCGGUCAGACACGUCUUCCACCGGGCUUUCUUCAAUUACUCAGGAAAGCUUAGUUCGCGAAAAGGAUAGGACGGUUUCCUUAUUAUUAUUAUCGAACAUUAAAGUUAGGUUACAUCAAAGAGAUGUUAAGAAUGAAUGGGUUGUCAAGAGCAAAGGGCUUCUGGAUGUUUAUUCACAAGAGCUCCGGGGCCGUGUCUUCGCGAUGAAGUUCAACGUCAUUUUGAACCAAUCGGAAUGUGUUGAACUCAAAAGCAAGCUGGAGACAAUCAAAAGAAUCGGCCGGACUGGAGUUGCCGUGGCCCACGAAAGCGAGGACUACUUGAUCGAGUUUAAAAAUCAAAUUGUUGCCAACGAAGUUUUCAAAUUAAUUACAUGCUUAAUGUGA